AUGCAACAAUUAAAAUCUUUGAAGGAAGCAGCUUUGAAGGAUAUGUUGGAUAUCCUUACUCACUUAUGGACCAGGUCACAUUUCAAAAUAUACUCUAAGUGUGAUCUACAAGUUAAUAAUAUGUGUGAGGCCUUUAAUAAGGCAAUUCUAGAAUGUAGGGAUAAACCCAUAGUCACUUUGUUGGAGGGUAUUAAACAUUACUUGACUACGAGGAUUAUUAGUCAAAAGGAGCUAAUGAAUAUAUACACUGAUGAUAUUUGCCCUAGAACUCAAUUGCUACUUGAAAAUAACAAAAAAUAUGCAGAAAGUUGGACACCCACAUGGCAUGAUGAUGAUGAUUUUUCCAUCUUUGGUGUCACCAAUGACAUAGAUACAUACUUUGUAGAUCUGAAACAGCAGAUAUGUGCUUGCAGAAAAUGGGAUUUGACUGGUAUUCCUUGUAGUCAUCCCAUAUCAUGUAUAUGGCAAAAUAAGACAAACUUGAAGAUUAUGUCUCUGAAUAUUACAGGAAGUCUUUUUCAAUAA